AUUCCUCUUUCCCCACGAGGUCAUGGAGUCUGCAUUGUCCUUGGUCACUGGGCAUCCAUAUGUGGCAGUGCUUCUACUCUUCGCUGCAGUACUUGCAUCCAGCGCAUCGGUGCGCAACUCAGUGUUUGUCGGGACGACCUACGUGACGUUAACGAUGUGGUACCAGUACCGUCAAGUGACGAAAGGCCGGCGGGAGUCCACGGCGACAGCUCCGCCCCCAACGAUGUCAACCUCUGGCGACACAGGGUCCGCUCCGCCGUUGGAUGAGUUAGCUAUCGACCCCGUCAAGUCAACUCGACGAUCAAAGCCGCGAUCAUGGGCCGAUUGACGGCGCGCAUGACAGUCUACGGAUGCGAACUUUUGAACUGAGUGUCCGUAUCUCAUUGAGCCAAUAUGUAGUACAUGACAAGAUGCAGCCAGCACUUUUUAACAUUGGCCCUUCAUUUACGUUAUAUUUCAAUGCAAGUAUGGUCAUUCAAUCUGGCGCGCCCUCUACGCCAUAGUUAGAGCUGUCGCUAGAAGUGCGAUAAUCGCAACUGCAGUAGUCGUGACUGUCAGCGCUCCACUGCGGACCGAGGUAGUUUUCGGAGUCGCCGUGGUCACUGCUCCAGUAGUAGACGGUGCCGCCGCCAUCGUAGCGGUGAUGUUAGACGUCAUGUUCGUUGGGUUUGGAGGGCAGUGGUGACAGCGUUAUGAUCCCCUUCGCUGUUCCCGCCGUAGCCCGUGAUCACAGGUGACGACAGACCAUUUCCAGUGCCUUGAUCGCCGUUGCCCAUACCGACUCCAGAUUGACCUCCUCCAAGCAUCGAGUUGUCCCCCCCCAUCCCGACGUUCUGGCCGCCAAUUUGGUUAGGCGGUGGCAUCCCCCCAAAGUUGUUUUGCAUGUCAACUUGGUUGGAUAGUUGGUUACUUUGAUCUGUGGCGCCACCGAGGGGGGCUUGAGGGACUUGUCUGAGGGCAGGAGGUGAUUGAGCAUUAGAGCCAGGGAUGGGGUUGGCGGCAGGGGGGGUCGGACUGAUUGAGCCAGGGAGGGUGUUGGCAGGAGUGGGGGCUGGGGCGUCUCGGUUGAUGGGGUUGUUUCGAGCGGACGGG